UGUACGUAUGAGUAGCUAGGAGCCGGUCCUGCCAAACAAGUUGCCCUUUAGCAUUCCUCGCCUCAGGUACCGGUACCUCUCAAACGUCACCGACUCACUAUCGUCCCACGAAAGCCUCCCCCGCACAUUCGUGCAUUACAAAGGAGACCCCACCAUCGUCAUUGAACUCCCUAAGAGCUCUAGGCCCAGGCCUUGGUUGGAUGGUCAGAAGUCCAGUGUUCAUUCUGUGUAUUGAUCGGUCGAAUGUUUAAAACUCAACUGGGUCCCCUGUUUAUUUCUGAUCUUGUUUCUCUUUUUUUACGAUUUGUGUCGUAUUGUGUUUAGAUCUCAAGAAACAAUUUCGGGAGUUUAGUAAAGAAGGUUCCAGGUUGUUCGGAUAUAAAUCCAGAAGCUCAUAUUUGAGAGGUCUCACGCAUACGAAUUGUAGCAACAAUGGAACGACUUCACCAUCUAAACCCAUUCGCCAAGCGCGAUUCUCAUAGCAAGAACACUGUUAUUACUUGGUAUAUAUUAACGAUAGUCACUUGGUUGCUGUCUAUCAUUGUCUCGAUCUACUAUACCUUCGAGAAGCCUCACGAUGGUGCCUGGCCUCGUCAUAAGAUAUGGCACCAAAAUGAUAAGUUCCACACAGCAUUUCGGCUAAAUUCUAUCAUCGCCAGCAUCUAUUGGAUCGUCCUCUUCGUUCUCCAAGGAGGAUAUAUCGCUCAUCUAUUCUCUGGAACCGUGGAACACGUGAACGCAGCAUGUUCGGUGGGCAGCCACUUCAUCGUCAACAAUCUGUUCCACUUCGCUUUCGUAAUGUUAUUCGUACGCUCCUAUUUCGGCUGGGCGGAGCUAUUCAUCAUUCUCAAUUUCUUCAACCUGAGUUCGCUAUACUUCCGCCACCCAGGCUAUGCUCGUUUCAUCCAUACACCUGUCGUAUCAGGACCACUGGCAUGGACUUUUGUUGCGAUAUAUUGGAACGGGGCUAUUAUGGUGCCUCAUCCCGACACGCUGGUUGCCCGCAUAUUCGGCAACAUUUUCAUCUGGUCGAUCUUGGUCUACGGAAUGUUUUUCAUCGUCGUUUACAAGGACUAUACCAUGGGGUUUAACCUUAGCGUCCUCUCGGCGGCGAUUGGAGUAUCCCAAUUCUUACGACAGGUUAUUGCGUUUCAAUGGAUAUUCGCUUUCGUCAUUAUGGCCGUUCUAUUCAUUGCUACUCUCGUUAUUGCUGUGCCUGCGGCAACCGGUAGAGAUAUCAAGUUCGCGAGAGCUCGCGGGGGUGAUACCGAACGAGCUCCGCUUCUUGGUGAGAAUUAGGGGAUGAUAUGGGGAGAUGAUAGUAGCUCUUGCUACUCAUUAAUUGUGGAAGUUGAAAGAAAUUUUGGGAGUGUGAUUCAUGGAUAUCAAGUAAUUUGAGAUGCAUUAUGUAGUUUGGUUGGCAGAAUGGCGUUAAUGGGCUGAUAGGCGAAAAAAAUAGUGAAGAAUUUGAAUUGAAUAUCGAAAUAUUGAAAUGUCGAAA